AUGUCAAUCAGCCAACUUCCUGAAGAUUUACUAGCGGAAGUGCUUGUCAGGUUGCCGCGCAGAUUGUUGUCAAGAUUUAAUUGUGUUUCGAAAUCAUGGAAAGAUCUAAUCAGCUGCAAAUAUUUCAUCAAUCGACACAAAAACUCAUCACAUCAUGAGAAUUCCAAGAUUCUACUUUUGGUUGACAAGAGAGAGUAUUCGAGUUUCUACACCGUAGAAUUGGAUUCACUGCCAGGCAACAAGUUGAGAACCGCUAAGCUGAAACUUCCCCACCCUUUCAAAACUCGAGUUAAAAGAAUCAGUGGUUGUUGCAAUAACUUUCUAUGUUUGUGCUAUUCAGAAAAUCAAAUUGUGUUGUCGAAUCUGAUUUCUCGCAAGUACUGGGUGUUACCGGAUGCCAUUGAUCCAUCCUUUCCGGAACUAGAUCAAGGGAACUAUGGGGUCAGUUAUGUGUAUGGUUUCGGGUACGAUGAUAUCAACGAUGACUACAAGGUUGUGAAAGUCGCUUGUUUGGUUAGAGUUACAGUACAUCUUAUAUUGUCUCACGAAGUUCAAAUAUAUAGCCUAAAAUCGAAUCCUUGGAGGCGCCUUCCAAAGUUUUCGGGCCGUCUCAUUUAUAAGGACGGCAAACUAGUUAACCAUGCUCUACAUUGGAUGACUGUUGAUGGUAAUAUCUUGGCUCUGGGCCUGAAAACGGAGUCAUAUGAAACUAUUCCACAGCCUAAAGAGGUUAGCGAGGAAUUAGAAUCAUUCAAAAAGACGCGUGUUCUUGGGGUCGUGGAGAACUGUUUAUGUGUGAUGUAUGCACACAAAUCUACAAGUUUGUUGCAUCUGUGGAUAAUGAAGGAUUACGGCGUGCAGGAUUCUUGGACUAAGGUCGUAGUGAAAGGGUUUCCUAUGUGCUCACCAUAUGGUAUCAAUCCCUUUCUCCAGCCAAUAUCAUAUUCACACAUUCAAAUUAACCAAAUCUUCUUUCACGAUAUGGAAUACGUUUAUGCUUAUGAUACUAAAAACCAAACGCUUCAAAAAGCCGCUUCCUUCAAGUCCACUACAACAUACAUUAAGAGUAGUGCAUAUCCUUUGAUGCUUAGUAGCAGCGGCGACUCAAGUACACUUGUUGAGCCUUGGUCUUGUUGGUCCAACCCAAUUUAG